AUGAAGCAUAUCAUAUGGUUUAUAUUAAUAAUUUUAAUAGAAUUUCAAUUAUCGGAUGGUGGAUGUCCAAAAGCAACAUUCGAAUUUUUUAAUAAUACAAUAAAUGCACCCUAUAAUUUCAUUGAUUCAUCAGUUGGAAAUAUUGGAUCAUUAGAAACAUGUCCCUAUACGGGUCGUCCAUAUGUUUAUCUACCAUGCUAUCCAAAUUCAUCAUGGGGUAAUGAACCUUAUUUUAGUACUUGUUUAAAACAACCAGAUAAGAAUACAACACCAAUAAUUUCAACAUCAUUCUCUUCUGAUGUUAAUCCAUUCUUAACAAUGCCAAUUGAGAAAGUUGCUGAAUUACCUAUUGAAACUUCGAAUGAUGUAUCUUAUGUAUUAUCGUAUUUAAAUCAACAAACAAUGACUUUUAAAACACCAUCAGAUAUUGCUUCAGCUGUAAAAAUAAUUGAUCAUGUAACAUUAAAUAAUGCAAAUAGUAGUAAUGAGAUACAGUCAGAAUUUUAUUCAAUUGCAAAUAAACUUUUAUCACCAAAUUCAAUGCUACAAAUGCAAGAAGCACAAAAAGUAAAUCGUAGUAUUGUUAAAUUAAUAUCAUCAGUAGAGAAAUUUUCUCAAAAUUUCAUCUCAAACAAAUCCGAUGAAAAUUUUGUCGAAAAUAAUUUAGUGGUCUCAAUUGUUAAUAUGCCAAAUAAUCGUACCAAACCAAUUGUUGGUUUUGCAUUUGAUCCAAUAACAAAUCAAACAUCUUCAAUUGGAUCUAAUGAGAUGAUAAAAAAUUCAACAAGUAUAAUGCUUGAUUCUCAAGCUUUAUCACAACAAAAUCGUUUAACAUUUUCUGUUUAUAAUCAUGAAAAUCGUUUAUUUGAUGAAGAAUCUUAUCGUGUAUUAACACGAGUUAUUUCUUUAACGAUUGAUAAACCUGAAUUAACAAAACAUCUUCAAAAAUUUGUUAAAAUAAAUUUUUAUCUUGAAAAUAAUUUUCAACAUGAGAAUAAAACGAUAACUUGUGCGUAUUGGCAUAUAUUUAAUAAUAUGACAGCACAAUGGUCAACUGAUGGUUGUCAAUUAAUUAGUAUAAAAGAUCGAAAUGUUAUUUGUGAAUGUAAUCAUUUAACACAUUUUGCAAUUUUAAUGGUUUGA